AAAGUCUCUGGCCCGUUCGAACAUCAUCGUCGCUUCCCAACCCACUUGCAUGUACUCGUACCUUCCGCUCGCUCCGUACAUACGCCUUUGAUUUUUCCCUUGCUGUUGUUCACCCAUCUUUUGCUUUCUUUCACUCGUUUUCAUCGCCGUAACGUGUUUCGCAUCAGACCCUGUACAGAGGCACCCCUUAUCGCAGGCCACGCCAUCUCUUCGUAUAACCCAUUCGUAGAGCACACGACCGUUGGCAGACUCUUAAACGGCCCUUACGCUCCGCGAUAUUAGCAUCCUACAGCCGCCUGACACCAGGCAGUCACUUGGAUAGAAAUUUCUCGAUUGUCGAUCGACGCCUCCUAUAGCUUGCAGUCAACGACAUUUCUGCAUGUCGCAUACAAUGGCGCGCUCACCGAGCCUUAUCGCUCUAUUGUUCGCUCUCAUCAUGGUCUUCGCGACAGUGAACGCAAACAGCCUGCCAUGGAUGCUGAAGCGUCAAAACUCCCUGGUCGGCACAGGGGCAAGCACAUCGACCACAGCCUCGCCAACAUCUUCCGCCGACGUAUCCACGUCGUCGGUCGCCCCUACCACUUCCUCCUCCGUUGCGCCCGACACGACCUCCUCCGUGCCACCUACCUCGACUAGCGAGCAGCCCGUCACAACAACCUCCCCUACAUCGACAGAGGCUCCUACUACUUCUAGCGAGGCUCCUCCUUCGACAUCGACUUCUGAGGCCGCCCCCACUAGCGAUUCUGCCACCUCAGCCGCCGCUCCAUCCACAUCACAAACCUCCGCCGCCGCCGAGACCACAAGUUCAGCUGCCCCUUCGUCGUCUGUAAACAGUGCAUCUGCCAGCCAGACCAGCGCGGCUGCUUCUUCCUCAGCUGCUGCAUCAGGCUCUUCUGCUGCAUCUUCUCGCUCCUCAUCUGCUUCAGGCACAAAGACAAGCAGCACAAAGUCGUCCAAAUCUUCUUCAUCCGAGGUUAUUGUCAUUGGCUCUGGUUCAGCCGCUACCACUAUCCACCGCUCGACUGUAAGCCAGGCUACCACCAUCACAUCCGCCCUUGUCACUUCAUCGACUGAGCGAUAUACUACCACCGUUGUCACCGUCAUUGGUGGCAGCUCUGUGACAACUGCAAUCCCCACCGAGAGAGUCGUUUCAUCCACUACUGGUUACGCAACCGCUACCGUCUCACCUCAAUUGAAUGAUGGUGGAAGCAGUGGAAGCAGCGGCGGUGGCCUCAGCACAUCCAGCAAGAAGAUCAUCGGAGGUGUCGUCGGUGGUAUUGGUGGUGCUAUCCUCCUCGGCGGUCUUGCUCUUGUAGCAUGGCGCAUGUGGGGACGCCGCCGUGCAAAGGGCCCCAGAAUGGAUGAUGAUGAUAUUAUGGGUCCUCGACCACACGAUGCCCUCAUGACUGAGAAGAAUGAGCCCCCACUUGCUCGCUACCACAACGGCGGCGGUCAGAUCAACACAGCAUCCAACUUCUGAUGAGCUUGUUGAUCUACAACAUUGAUUUUCUUCAAAAUUGCAUGACAAGGGUUUCCUGGGUUUUCAUUUCUUUCUGUCCUUAUUAACACCGACUCUUGGUCUGUCUUGUCUUUAUAAUGAAAGCGAAGCGAGCAAGCGAUUGAUUUUUAUAUUCAACUGAUUUCCCCCUUAAAUACCCUCACUCUCCUUAAGAUGCUCGACUUCGCUGUUUUGAUAUCCACAUGUGUUCUUGCGCUUAUAUACCUUUAGAUACUAUAACCCCUAAAUAUCCUACUUCCUCAAGACACUCUGCACGCCUCAUACUCUAUAGUCCAUGCGCUGCUUACAUCUC